UUUUACAUUAACCAUGGACGCAUUGUGUGCUUGUUUGAGCUUAUUUGAGAGAACCGUAUUUCUCUGUUUUCUGCCGGAAUCGAUCUGUGUGCGGUCCUUCUGUUUCCGUGUCUGGGAGGAGAGCAGCGGUGUGAUUUCAGAGGAGACUUGUAUCUGUCAAAAUGCAGGACCCAAACGAAGACACAGAGUGGAAUGAUAUCCUGAGAAAGAAAGGCAUUCUUCCUCCCAAAGAGGUACCUAAAGAUGAUGAAGAGGAGGAGCUUGCCCUCCAACAGCAGUCUGUGGUUAAAACGUAUGACAGCAUGACACUGGAGGAGCUGGAGGAGAAUGAAGAUGAGUUUAGUGAGGAAGAUGAAGCUGCCAUUGAAAUGUACAGGCAAAAGCGUCUUGCAGAGUGGAAGGCAGCUCAGGUGAAGAAUAUGUUCAAGGAGGUGGGGGAAAUCUCAGGGCAGGACUACAUCAAGGAGGUCAACAAGGCUGGAGAAGGCAUCUGGGUCGUGCUACACCUCUACAAACAGGGCAUCCCUCUGUGUACCCUGAUCAACCAGCACCUGAGCACCUUGGCCAGGAAGUUCCCCCAGACCAAGUUCCUCAAGUCCAUCUCCACCACCUGCAUCCCUAACUACCCCGACCGCAACCUGCCCACCAUCUUUGUCUAUUUUGAGGGCGAGAUGAAGGCCCAGUUCAUCGGACCCCUGGUCUUCGGGGGCAUGAACCUCAAAGUUGAAGAGCUGGAAUGGAGGUUAUCAGAGACCGGGGCAGUGAAGACAGACCUAGAGGAAAACCCUAAGAAGCAAAUUGAAGACAAGCUACUGUCAUCCAUCAGAUGUUCAUCCCUACACGAAAAGGACAGUGACUCUGAGGACGAGGACUAUUAGACGCCAAACCAGAAAGAUAAUGUGGCUGCUAUGUGGGAAACACUCAGAGGACCCUGAAACUUUUGAUGAUGCAUCUCCUUUUGUAUUCAAGUACAUUUCAUAUUCUAAACAUGUAGGUGGCACUCUAAUGCAGGGUCAGUCCUGCUCGAGGAAAGUUUGACAGGACACUUGGCUAAAGAGAAUCACAUCUAUGACCUUGUUGUUGAACCACCCUGUGCAUCUUCAUGGGAAAGUGGAGAAAACAGCACUGUCAGCCUUUUCGUAAUUUGAAUAACACCCGUAUCCAUCACCUUAAUCUUUACAAAAGCAUCAAAGACAAAUUUUAACUUUUUUUAUUACGUUUCAUGAUAAUUAUGUCACAAAAUGUACAUGUACAUUUAUACCAGUUAAAUUAAAUGUGAGUUCACCUCUUUGCCACAAAAAUUCUCCAGUUUUUUUAAUCUAAAUGCUAGUUUUUUUGGAAUCUGUCUCACUGUUGAGUAUAAAAGGCUUGCCAAAGAGCUUAUUUUGAGUAUUUUGUUUGUAUUUCAACACCCCUUUCUUGUGUAAUAGUGCAACAUGCCAAAUUUGUGCUUGGGUACAUUUCACGUUGACAACACUGAUUGACAUUUGGAAGCAGGAAGACACAUGGCAGCCAUGACAGUGCUGUUAGAUAUUUUUUCCAUCUUUACAACAAUUUAUUUUCCAUUAACAAAGUCAUGUUUCUUUCUGAGGAGAUAUGUUGGAGAUGCUAUGCGUCGCUCCAUCGGUUGAUGUUGGAUGAUGUCCACAGGAGAAGCUGCCUGCUGCUCUUCUUCUGUUAGAUCUGAUUUCCUUUGUUUUUUUAGAUUUCUCUUUUACAACACCCCCUUUGGCAGCCCUCAAAUCUUCUGUUUCAUUAGCAAGACAGACAGAGAGAAAAGUCAGUGUCAGCAGUAAAUCGAACCUGACCACUGAUCGUUUAAUGUGAUUUCUGUUGGCUCCUUCUUAAUCACUGUUGCACUACUUCUUUGGUACCUGACUAGGAAGCUUCUUGAGAAGGUCUUUAGAAAAAUGGUAGAGGGUGUCUUUAUUUCUUCUUUAUGGUGUUGUCUGUUGUUCACUCUCCAAAAAGUUAAAACAUGAUUAAUGGAAGGGCUUAUGUCCUGCUACUCAAAUUUAGAUUCUUUUUCUGAGACAUCUCCUUCUACUUCUCUGUAAUUUUUGCUUUUUUCUUGGGAAUAAAAUAAUGCACCACA